GGGCAGACUGGAGUGGGACGUUUUUAAGCCUCCAGUUUCAUGCGCGCGUCUCUCGGGAGUAUCAACUACCACGUCUGCAGCGCUCACUGGAAAAGAGAAGAAAGGGAAGAGUAUGGGUCGAUCAUAAUAAGUCAGUGAAGAUAGGAGAGACUGAGUGAGCAACAAAGAGUUAAGUCUCCUUCAUGAAAACGAACUUAGCUGACACAACCAGAACAAAGCGCUCGGUUCUUUUUGGAGAGGUCUUUCACAGCGCAACAGAACUUCCUGCUCAGUUUCAGAAAUCCGAUGAGACUGUGGAUAUAAUGCACAAUCUGAUUUUGGCUGAUUGUUACUCUUGAAGAUACAUUUUUUGACAUUUUGCGUGCUUCUAGUGCUGCGCCUUACCGCUCUCGCUGCUCAACGCGCUCUGGCACACCUUUACAGAUGUUGUGACAAACAUUUCAGCGAAGAUAGCAGUCCGAGUAGUUCGCUUUGUGCUGUUUUGGGGAGAGAAAAAGAUGAACCCACGACUGAAGUGUUUAGUUCGACUGCUUUUGCUGGCCCUGUCUUGGGAGUUUAGCGCACAAGGAGCCACGGAGCGACAAAUAAACCCGGAGUCAUGGCUGCAGCAGUAUGGGUAUCUGCCCCCAGGAGAUUUGCGGACCCACUCUCUUCGUUCUCCAAACUCUGUCACUUCUGCAAUUGCCAGUAUGCAGAGAUUCUAUGGCCUCACCAUCACAGGCACCUUUGAUACAAAUACGAUUGAGGCAAUGAAACGGCCGCGCUGUGGUGUUCCUGAUAAGUUUGGUGCCGAGCUCAAAAGUAACCUUAGAAGGAAGAGAUAUGCCGUCCAGGGCUUGAAAUGGAACAAAAAUGACAUCACUUUCUCUAUCCAGAACUACACUCCAAAGGUGGGUGAGCAUGACACCCAUGAAGCAAUUAGGAAGGCUUUCAAGGUCUGGGAGAGUGUGACCCCUCUCCGGUUCAGGGAAAUCCCCUACAGUUACAUUCGGGACAAAGUGGAGGAUUUUGCCGACAUUAUGAUCUUCUUUGCUGAAGGAUUUCAUGGUGACAGCAGUCCGUUUGAUGGAGAAGGGGGUUUCCUGGCUCAUGCCUAUUUCCCUGGUAAUGGCAUUGGUGGAGACACUCACUUUGAUGCAGCUGAGCCAUGGACUAUUGGAAACCGAGACCUGUUGGGUAAUGACAUAUUCCUGGUUGCUGUCCAUGAACUGGGCCAUGCCCUGGGUUUGGAGCACUCCAAUGACCCCUCUGCCAUUAUGGCGCCGUUUUAUCAGUGGAUGGAUACUGAGAACUUCCAACUCCCAGAUGAUGACCGCAGAGGAAUCCAGCAACUUUAUGGUGCAGGCUCUGGUGCUCCUCAUGUUACACCUCACACACCAUAUCACCCAACACAACCUCCUUAUUCCCCUGGCAAACCCCGCUUUGGCCCAAACAUCUGUGAGGGACACUUUGAUUCAAUCGCCAUUUUGAGAGGAGAAAUGUUUGUAUUCAAGGAUAAAUGGUUUUGGCGAGUACGAAACAACCAUGUCAUGGAUGGAUACCCUAUGCCCAUUGGCCACUUCUGGAGAGGAUUGCCCACUCAUAUCAAUGCUGCCUUUGAAAGGGAAGAUGGGAAAUUUGCUUUUUUCAAAGGUGAUCGAUACUGGGUAUUCAGUGAGUCUAUUUUAGACUCAGGUUUCCCAAAAACACUGACUGAAAUGGGCUCUGGACUUCCUAGAGAUCGAAUAGAUGCAGCACUUUUCUACACUCCAACAGGACAAACAUUCUACUUUAGGGGAAACAAGUAUUACCGCUUUAAUGAGCAGUCACAAUCUGUUGACGAUGGCUAUCCUAAAGCUGUAAGUGUGUGGCAGGGGGUUCCUGACAACAUUAAGGCCGCUUUCAUGAGCAAAGACCAAGCAUAUACCUACUUCUACAAAUCCAACAAGUACUGGAAGUUCAACAACCAGAUGAUGCGUGUGGAACCAGGAUACCCCAAAUCUGCCCUGCGUGACUGGAUGGGAUGUCCCAAUGAAGACCCUAAGACAGACGGGGGAAGAGGUGGCGACGGACAUGACAAAGACAAAGACAAAGAGCGAGAGAAAGAAAAGGAGCGAGAGGACAAAGACAGAAACCGAGACAAAGAGCGGGAGAGAGAUAGGGAGACGGAGGACGAAACGGAGGUGAUCAUUAUAGAGGUGGAUGAGGACGGAGGGGCAGGUAGCGGGGGCGGAGCUGCAGCUGUGGUGGUGCCUCUGUUCCUCUUAGUUUGUGUGAUCGCGACACUGGCAGCGCUGGUCUUUUUCCGACGUUAUGGUACGCCACGCCGACUCCUUUACUGCCAACGAUCUUUAUUGGACAAGGUGUAAACAAAGGGAGCGAGGAGAGAAGCAGGAGACAAAGGGAUAACAAUGAAAAGAGAUGUGGUUUUAGCACAGAUAAGAGAGACUAAACAAGAGACAGAGCAGCGAGGAGUGCUAGACGUGCAAAUUCAAAUAUCCUUUACCACUGCAAAAUUCUUUCUGCUCUAUCACUUGUUUUUCCUCUUUUUCUCUCUGCUUCUUUCCCUGUGGUUACUGACGACAGCUCUUUGCUGUUUAUCCUAGCUUUUUUUCAAAGAAUUACGCAUAGUUUUUUGAGUGGUCAGUGUUUGUUUCAGAGAGAAUGUCUGCUUUAGUCUGCAUUGUCAUGACCUAUUCUAGCAUGUUGUUACUUUGUUUUUGUGUGAACACUCACGUGAACACAAUCUGCACUUGUACACACUUGAUCCAAAAAGUCACACACAACAGCCACAUAGUCCCUGUGUUGUCUUAUCCAGUCCACAAUGCAACCGAGCCAGUUAGAACUUAAAAUGGAAAAGGAUAAGCAACAUCUUAAUGAAGAAUGAGAUACACUCAUCUGGAGUUAAGCCACUGUAUUGACCACCAGUCUGUGGCCCACCGCUUCAAAUAAGGUUCGCUAUGCGGCCAUCGGUGAAAAAUGUUUGGACACCCUUGAGUUAAGCAAUAAGCACAGCUGUGUUUUAUUUUCAUGUCUUUUGUGAUUCUUAUUGCGAUUUGUGGUUGUCAUUAUUAUAACUGUUACUAUUAUUAUUAUUGUCCUCUUUGUAAAGAAUGUUUUUGUACAUUGUCAUUAAAAAGUCCUGCUGGACAGUGACAUACAGUUUUGAAAGUGGCCUUAAUUUUAUAUGUGGGGACAAUGGGAAAAGGGUAUUAUGUUCCUGAAACUUGACUGUUUUUUAAUUAUAUGGAGAAAAGAUAAUAAAAGAAGAAAACUACAAAA